GACGCACUCGCGCAACCGCAACUGUUACUCGUACUUAGCGGAUCAGCGAGCGUUUGCUUUCGAUCGGCGUCGCGUUCAGUUGAGGAGCUGAGUCCCAGGGCGGCCAUGGUGAAGCUAGCCACCGCCAGGGAGGCGCGCAUGUACGGUCCGGCGCUGGCCGUGCGGCGGUGGGAGUACAUCAACGCCGGGGCGUACGUGUUCGCGGCGCUGCUCUUGGCCGUGGCGCUCGCGGCGCUGUCCGCGGGCGGCGGGGGCGGGGGCGGGGCCAGCAGGGCGGCGCUCGCCGUGGCCGCCGUGGCGCUGGCGCUCGUCGCCGCCGUCAACGCGCACGACCUCGCGGCGCACCUCGCCGGCGUGGACUGCCGCGUGGGGCUGGUCAGGUACGACGCCCAGCUCGGCCUCGUGGAGCUCCUCGUGCCGGCGCUGCACGUGGCUGGGUGCGUCCUCGCCGUCGUCGCCAUGGCCUUUCUGCUCUCCCAGGGCGAGAGGGAGACGCACGCGGCGAACACGCUGCUCGCCGCGGCGCUGGUGUGGCUGCUGGGGUCGAUACUCAACUCGUGCCAGGUGUACGAGCGCGCCGACGGGCGGGCGCAGCUGCUGCAGUCGAGCGUGCAGGUGCCGAUGCUUCUCGGGAGCCUGCUCUUCCUGGUCGGCGCCGUCGUCAACCGCCGACGACGCCCCGAGCCGCCGGUGCUAGUGGGGCGGAGCUGGGCGUGGACGAUGUGCGUGUUGGGGAGCGUGCUGUGGCUGGUGGCGGCGGUGUUCAACAUGGGGAAGGUGUUCGUGAUGCACCAGAGCGACGCGCCGCGGCUGGAGAAGCUGCGCGGCGGCGCGCAGGAGCGGCUGAGCCGUGACCGGGAGGGACGCUUGCCGCUCAACUGGGAGGAGGCCGCUAGGAGCCGGAGGGUUGCGCUGCCCGCCGAGCUGCGCUGAUGGCAACCAUCUUCUUCUUCUUCUUCCUCAGCCCCGUGUGCUGUAAAAGUUCAAUGUUGCCCCUAACGUCAGUGACGAAAUAAUUCUACGGGAUCUAAUAGUAAUCAAAGAUUUUAGUUGUUUUGACGUGUUUAUUCAAGGGUCACAAUACACGGAUUGAGGAUUGACAAAUA